CCACACCACUACACCGCUCAGCUUCUGCUCGUACCCUUUGUCCCCGUGGACCCGACUGUUGCGUUCGAGAAUGAGCGAGUCCUCCGUCAAGUCCGUCGAGGACGUCAAUCUCGAUCUCGCGGACCAAGCGAUCAACGAUCUGAUGAAGGAGGCGGAAAUGCUCAUGCAGGACCUGCCCCUCGAAGCAGCCGAGGCCGAGGCCGGCGGUUCGGAGCCAGCUCCCGCCAGCGACGGCGGGGCCCCUGCUUCGACACCGUCAUCCGCGGCGCCGGCACCGGUGGCAGCAAGCGCCGAUGUCGGUGCGGCCAUMGGCGACGUCGGAGGAAACUUCUCGAUCGACGACGAAGACGACGAGGAUGACUUUCGCGGGAGCGAGGCCAACGGCAUUGCCAGCACCGGGGCCGGUGCGAGCGGCGUGGGCGCGACCGAGGUCGACGAUCCCCUCCGGGCAGCGGCCUCGCCGCCCCCCGCAAAAUCGCCCUCGAUGGCCCAGAAGGUCUUCCGGGAGCUGGAACAGGACCACCCCCUCUCGGCCCUGUCCCUCGGCAACACCACGAAGAUCCCCCUGACCGAACCCGGAAGCACAAAGGCCGCGGUGCCUCCGGCCACCCCCUCGCCGAGCAUGGGCAGCACCAUGUCGAACCUCUUCCAGCAGGGGAGCCACGGGAUGGGGGGGGUCCUCCACAACAAAAUGCACCGCAUGGGUUCGGCCGGAGAGGCCGCCGCCUCGGGCAUGGACACCUUUUCGAAAACGACCAGCAUGUUCGCCUCCAACCUCGCCUCCAUGGCCCAGCGGGGAAUGGCCCACGUCGCCGCGGCCGCGGCACCCGUCCAGGCCGUCAGCGUCAUGGGGGCCMCGGGAACGAUGGCCGGCCAGGGAGGCCAGCCGCCAAUGGUUUCGCCGGCGAUGGGGACCGGCCACGGCGUUGUUUCGGGUCCGGGCGGCCCCCAGGCGGGGGCGGGGCCCGGAUCGAACCCGCAGGGACACCCCCAGCUCGACAAGGAACAAAAGAUAGGCCUGCUGAAAAAACACGUGGGCCCCCUGCUCAAGGGAGAACAGCUGAUCAUGUUCCUCACCAACCUUCUCCACGUGAGCGACACCUCCGGGCUGUCCUACGUCGCGACCCAGCAGCAGCAGGCGUCGCAGGGCGGGCCCGUGCCCAUGUGGUGCGGCGUCAUGACCUACUACCGGCUCAUUCUCUUCUCGACGGCCGACAGRGACAGCCCCUCCGUCCGGCCGAUGGAAGCUCCCCGGGGAUGGGACCCGAACUGCUGGAAGGCCGCCACCCCGCGCAUCGCCUCCGUCAACAUCCUCGAGAUGCCGCUGGCCUCCAUGGACCGGGUGGAAAAAACCGUCUACCAGGCCUCCGGGUCGAGCUACAUGGGCCUCAUCGUCCACGGAAAGGACUGCGGGCGGAAAAUCCAGUUUUCCACCUCCAGCUACGUCGACACGAGCCGGGCCUUUGAAUCCCUCAACACCUAUGCCUUUCCGGGCCGCCGCAACCUCGGGUAUCUGUUCGCCUUUGAGUCRAAGCGCCAGGCCGUGCAGGACAGCAUCAAGGUGGACGAGGCGUCCGGCCACCAGGGCGUCACCCUCCCCCCCACGCCCAAGCGCUUCGACCCCAUGACGGAAUUCCCCCGGCUGCUCAAGAAGACGGCCAUUACCCAGCCCCCRUGGGCACUCUGGGCCGCGGCGAACGCAAACUACCAGCUCAGCCAGUCCUAUCCUUCCGUUCUGGUCGGACCGGCAUCCCUCGACGAAACCAAGCCGGAAGCCCUGAGGGUCAUCCGCCAGUGCGCCGCCUUUCGGAAGGCCCAGCGGCUGCCCAGCAUGUCGUGGUGCGGCGUCGGCGGUGCCUCCAUCUGGAGAUCCUCGCAGCCAAAGGUCGGCCUGCAGGGAAAUCGAUCCCCCGCCGACGAACUCUACGUCCGGCACAUUAUCGAAUCGGCACGGGGAGCCAGUAAGUUCUCGUCGACUCGUCUGCCCGCUCGCUGGCUCGCUCGUUCGCUCGGAAGAACAUGCCUUGCCGCGCAAGCCAUCGCUUGCGCUUGAUAAAACGGUGUUCUAACCCCUCUGUUGCUUCGCACCGUGCCGUGCCGCACCUCGUUUUUGUUUCCAGACGCCAUGGCGGAACCUCCCCCGAUCUACCCACGCGGUGUUUUGGAGCAACUGACCGGUGAUUAUACCGCCAGCAGCGGAGGAAAGGGCGACGAUUGGCUACCAGAACCSGGCUGCGGGCUCAAGAUUUUGGAUCUGAGACCGCGGGCAGCCGCCAUGGGCAACAGGACCGCGGGUAAGAAAAGAUCGUCAGGAGCCGCCGARUGGACAACCCACCGUGCCCUUUUUGUCUGUAUUGAUUGCUGUUGUCUUUGGGAGCACACCGAAAUUUUCCUUCGAUGCCUCAYCGCGAAUGAAUCUAUCUAACUGGAUUUCUUCCGUGUGUGCGGUUCCACCCUUUCCCUUGCGUYGCKUUCUUUUUGUAGGGUAUGGGUACGAAAAUACAUCCAAUUAUUCCAACACGACCCUGAAAUUCACCAACAUUCAAAACAUUCAUGCUGUGCGGGAUAGCUAUGAGAAAUUAUGCACCGUGUGCAACAGUAUAUCCACGGCCGAUGUUCACUGGAAUUCUUUGAUCGAAGACACGAAAUGGCUUUCUCAUAUUCGGACGAUUCUCGCUGCCUCCUGGGAAACCGCCUACUGGGUUCACGUCUGGAGACUCCCGAUUCUAGUCCAUUGUAGCCACGGAUGGGACAGAACGUCUCAGACAGUCUGCCUGUCCCAGCUCCUUCUGGACUCUUACUAUCGAACACGCCACGGUUUUAGUGUGUUGGUAGAGAAGGACUUUAUGAGCUUUGGCCAUCCGUUCCAUCUGCGAUCCGCACACGGCGAAGGCCGCAGCGACACCAAGAAUGCUCAAUCCAACGACGUUUCUCAAAUUUCUCCGGUAUUUUUGCAAUUUCUGGAUUGUGUCUAUCAAUUGGUGGAACUCUACCCGAGUGCUUUUGAAUUCAACACGCAAUACCUAUUGGACCUAUCGUUCCACAUUUACAGCUGCCGUUUCGGAAACAUGUUGUGCGAUACAGAACGCGAACGAGAAUCGAUGGCAGCAAUUCGCCAACGCACCUAUUCGGUGUGGGAUUAUCUCGAGACGAAACCUGAAAAUUUAAACCAAAACUACGCGAAGGCCGAUGAUGCCAUUCUAAUGCCUUUGCCUACGUUGYUGAGGAAUGUAAAAGUAUGGAAAGAACGUCAUUUAGCAUACUGCCCCAAAGCAAGCACCAUGGCAUUUUAAAUUCUCUUUCAAGAGCAAUCAAACCGAAUAAUACUUUCUUUCCUUG